UAUAUAUACCAGGAGGGCUCGCACCUCCGCCCACCUACGAUCGGCGAACAAACGAAGCCGCGCGCGGGCUCCUCCGUCUCGCUCGUCGUACGCUUGACGAUCGGCACUGCAUCGUCGACGUCGUAACAAGAUCGAUCUUUUGCACAGCGCGCCGGCAUUAAUUAUCUUGAUCUCGUGAUUCGAUCGUGAGGCAUUCUUUUGAAGGUAGUACUCUCGGUUGGAUUGUCAACAGAUGGCGAGCAAGUUCGACAAGGAAACCAAUGAGCAAUUCGUGGACGAAUAUUCUGACCAAGAUGAGGACGACCUAGGUGACUUCAUUGUGUAUAGCGACGAUGACGAGGAGUCAUUGAAGCACAAGCAGCACCAACAACAGGAGUUCGAUGAUGAGCACCAGGAGGAGUUAGAGGAUGAGGUGGAAGAGGAAGUGGAAGAAGAGCAAGAGGUUGAGGAGGAGGAAGAGGAGGCACCAGUUGGGCAGCAAGAGAUCCUUAGCCUGAGGGAGCAGUUAAAGGAGGAAAUCAGGAGGAAGAACGCGGCAAUGGCUGCCGGCGCUCGCAAACCUAAUUUACCAUCAUCAUCCAAAAACCAUUCGAUGCCACCCAUCAGGGACGGAUAUGGCACCUUCUUUGGGCCAUCAAAGCCGGUGCUUGCUCGCCGAGUAAUUGAAGAAGGGUGUUCAACGAUCAUGAAAGAUCUACAGAAUGUACCGUCCAAAAAAGAUGUUUCCUUGGCUUCGAAGAUGCGACCAGGCACAGUUGAGAAAAUGCAGAAACUAAAGUUUGUUAGUGAGGAGAAGAGAAAGGUUGAUACACUUAGAAAGAAUCGAGAUUACUCAUGUCUGUUCUCAGAUGAUGCUGAUACUCAACCCCCUACUAAAGAUCAUCCUGAGACUAGUAGGGCCCCUCUUCUUGUUCCCAAAUCUGAGACUCAAGAUGCUGGGCCGGUGAAUUCUGCCAGGAAAAGCAGAGUGUUCACAGGUCAACCAGCCACAUUAUCAUCAACAGACCAUGGAUUGAAGAAGAGUUCUGGGUCUCUGGGAAAGAAGGCUCAUGCAGAAAGAAAAGGCACUAUAGCUGCUGGUAGACACGGGUCCAACCUGCCUAACUUGAAGAAGAAAUCCCCAGGGCUGCUAUCACCCUCGAAAGGCCAAGGGGUGCAGCCGUCACUCCAUAACAAGAGGCUACAGGCACCGAUUCCUGGCCAGAAGCUGCGGCAGCAAUCGCAGAGUCAGAGGCCGCAAGGCAAUGGCCGUCAGCCACCGUUGCAGCAAGGUCGAAGUCUACAAGGUCAGCUUAUUGGACAGAAUAGAUCGGCUCCGCAAAAUGGGAGACUGAAAUCAUCACAAAAACAGCUCAUUCCUUCCUCAAAAUUCAAGGCAUCAUCUCAUGGAAUAGAAAAGUGUACAAUAAAAAGAAGGAAAUCCAAUGAUGACAGACAAACAAUGCAUAACUAUGACGAAUUUGCUGUCAGCGAUGAAGAUGAGAGUGACAUGGAAGCAGAUUUUGCCAGCAUACAAAGAGAAGAGAGAAGAAGUGCGGCACUUGCAAGGAAAGAGGACCAGGAGCAGCUCCUGUUGAUCAAGGAAGAAGAGAGGCGCGAGCGUGCGGCGAAGAGGAAAAGGGCAGCACAAAAGGAAUAGCAAGCGGUCAGGGCAGAAACAGCCUUCCAAGUGUGACAGUAGGAGUUAGUUAGAAGCGGCCAGUUCUUGAAAUCCUGUAUUAUACGGGGAACAGGGUGGCCAAGGGGUUUUGUAGGUUAUUGAUACGGUAAUCUAUCAUCAUGUAGUUUAUUUACCUUUUCUCUGUGGAAGGAAAAUCUACGUAUGCAGGCAUGCAACAAGUAA